AAGAAAGCCUGCGAAGGCCCGGAGCCGCAGCAGAGGCCGGACCAUGGCUGACCCGCUGCAGCAGCGCACCGAGCAGCUGGUGGCGGACUACCUGGAGUACUGCUCCCGGGAGCCCGGCACCCCCGAGUCGCCACCGGCCACGGCCGAGGCCGCUGUGCUGCGCGCCACGGCCGCCGUUGUACGGAAACUCUACCCGUCCUUCUUCUCCGCUUACCGCGGCUACCCCAGGAACCGCGUCGAGCUGGUGGCGAGGAUGGCGGAGGCCUUGCUCUCCGACAGUCCCGGUCCCACCUGGGGCAACGUGGUGAUGCUCCUGGCCUUCGCGGGGACGCUGCUAGAGAGGGGGCCGCUGGUGACCGCCCGGUGGAAGAAGUGGGGCUUCCAGUCGCGGUUGAAGGAGCCGGAGGGCGACGUCGCCCGGGACUGCCAGCGCCUGGUGGGCUUGCUGAGCUCGCGGCUCGUGGGGCAGCACCGUGCCUGGCUGGAGGCUCAGGGCGGCUGGGUGAGCACGCGGAGGAGGACGUGGGGCGGGAUGGGCACCUGGGAAGGGCCCGCCCACAAAGGCUGGCAGGAAUGGCUUUUGUUACUUCUUCAGGACCUCCUACUCGCUGGCAUGGAGAAAACUGCUGGUCCCGGUUUUCCUGUCAUGGUUGUUAACAGCAGCAUUCAUCUACUUCUGGACACGAUAAUUAGGAGUUUUAAAAUUUUUAGCCCACUUCUGCCUGCCCAACUGUGACCAACGAAGUGACCGAGGGGUGAGCUCCAGAACGGAGAGAAAGCACCGUCCUCCCACCCCAGAUAUUUUUACCUGAAUGCAUACAAGGAGCCCUAAGGUGAUGGUUUGGCCAGUGUUUUAACUUGUGACAAGUACUCAUGUGUGAGGACAAGAAUGCAGAUGGCUCUUUCUUGAGUGGGAGAAAUGGGGAGUCUAGUGCCUCAUUAUGCCAAAGAAUCGCAGAAGAAACUGCAUUCCAUUAAAUGGGAAAUAGGGUGCUAUUUGCUGAAACUUGGAUAAGAGUGAAUGUGAACAUCUCAUCUUCACAACUUCAUGUGCUGCUGACUCAUUUUAAUCUUGGCCACAGCUGGGGCAACACAAGCCCCAAAGCAGAAAAAGUCCCACUUUAACAAGGAAUGUCACCUUAAAAUCAUUUAUAAGGAAUUCUUUGAGACCAAAUCCUUUGAAAUUUAAUGCCUGGGACAUUUAGGUUUUUAUAGUUAACGUAUUAAUUAAUAAAUUGUUAACAUUAAAGUUUCAAUAAAUUUAUAUCUU